GUGUGAGCGGUAGUAAAACGCUCCAUAUCCUCACAUGCAGCUGAAGGACUACUGUUUUAUCUUGUUUAUGAGAUUUCUUUUGAUUGAUUUUUAAGGAACGCGGAAAAUGCAGGCUGCUUUUGAUAUCACCACUAAAUAUUGUCAAAAGGAAAUGGAGGCGUAUGGGUCCUGUGUAGCUUCAAAUCCAUCCUCCUGGCAACAAACUUGCCAUGAUUUGAAGAUGAAGGUUGCACAUUGCACUUCCUCACACCCAGUCAUCCAGAAGAUUAGACAAGGAUGUUCUAAGGAGUUUGUGGACUUUGAGAAGUGUCUCAGAGAAAACCAGGACAAACCUACCUCUUGUUCGCCUCAUGUGGCACGGUUUCUAGCAUGUGCAGAGACAGUGGAUCUGAGUCAAGUGGACACAAGUGCAGUGCCUCAGUCACCAUAGUAAAAUAUCUUCGUGUUUGGCCUCCACAACAUCAUUCAACCUUUUAUCAUGGACGGGAGAAAUUACAUUUUCAUGAAUUUCAUAUUAUUUUUUGUACUAUAUUUAUUGUCACUGCUAGCGGCAAAAUAAUAA